UUUCGUGUGUUCUGCUUAAUUUUCAACGAUAUAUAUCUCGAUAUUCCAAAAAAACUCUCGAAUUAUCCGUUUUCUUUCACUAUUUAUUGAAUCUUUCAUUGAAAUGAAAUUGAUCGGGCUCAUGUUUUUGCUGUCGUUUUGUAAUCAUCUUAGUGCGGCUCCGAUAAAUGUGACCUCUGAGAUAAGUACGCUCAUUAGAAGAAUAAUAUGGAUUAAUUGGAAUCAGUCAAACAUCUCUCACAAAUUCAAUCCUGAUGCUAUUCUCAACACGCCGGGGAUGAUAAAAAAAGCGGGUUAUCCCGCAGAAUCUUACAUUAUAAUGACGGAGGACGGCUAUCUCUUGACGUUACAUCGUAUCCCAGGUGGCAACAAUUCUUUACCCGUUCUUCUGCAGCAUGGUCUUUUAUGCAGCUCCGCCGACUGGGUUGUUCUUGGCAAAGGCAAAGCAUUGGCUUACUUAUUGGCGGAUCAGGGAUACGAUGUUUGGUUGGGCAAUUUUCGAGGUAAUAUAUACUCGAAGGCGCAUAUUUUCCUAUCUCCUAAGAAUUCGUCAUUUUGGAAUUUCAGCUUUCACGAAAUGGGCAUCUAUGAUUUACCCGCGAUGAUUACAUUUAUCACGAAUAUGAGAUCCCAACCAUUGCACACAUAUAUUGGUCAUUCUAUGGGCGCAACUAGUUUUUUUAUAAUGGCAUCAGAGCGUCCGAAAAUCGCUCGAAUGGUGCAAAUGAUGGUCGGUCUCGCGCCAGCAGUUCUUGUAAACCACUUGCAGAGUCCAGUACAACACUUAUUACCAUUUAAAAAUGAAAUUAAGAGAGUGAUGCAAUUAUUUUUCCAUGAUGAAUUCCUCCAAAGCGACUUUGUGAGAUUUCUUUUGAAAAAAAUCUGCCAGCGGAAUAUUAGUCUCGGAGAGAUCUGCUCAAAUUUUAUGUUUAUGAUCUGGGGUGAUGAUCGCGAACAGUUUAACAAUACUCUAUUGCCUGUCAUCUUGAAUCAUUUCCCGACCAGCAUCUCAGUUAAAACGCUACUGCAUUACAGCCAAAUAGCUGACUCGGGCAAGUUUCGCAAAUACGAAUACAGUCGCGUGAAAAAUCUGUUGAUUUAUAAUUCUAUGAACCCACCAAAUUAUGAUUUAUCGAAUAUAACAAUACCAGUCGCGUUGUUUUACGCCAAUAAUGACUGGUUAAUCAGCACAAAGGGUGUGAAAAGAUUGUACCAUUUAUUGCCCAAUGUAGUGGAUAUGUACGAAGUGCCGUGGUCAAAAUUCAAUCACAUGGAUUUUAUAUGGGCUAAAGAUGCGUCAAAACUCGUAUAUGACAGGAUUCUCAAGAUCAUGAGAAGAGAAAAUUCAAACAACGUUAGAUCAGUAGAAUAAUAUUGUCAGCAAUUAAAAUUAAAGAUAAAUGUUACACGCUAGAUCUUCAGUAAUAUUAAUGAUUGUAAUCGUUCAUUCAAUGAAACGUAAACUUAUAAUGUCUUAGUAUUAUUUACAAUUAUCUAUUGUAAAGUUAAUGGUGCAUGAUUGUCUGUU